GGUUUAAGCCAAAGAAACCAAAACCUACUGAAAAAAAAGUAGAAACCACCACUCCCAAAUUUCCUCUUCCCCAAAAAAUACUCCCAACAAUUUGAAAUUCGAGAAGCUUCUUUCGAAGAAACCCCUAAUAAUGGUGACCGCUGCUAAAAAUCCGGCAACGAAGAACGGCGGAAGCAGUCUCAAGUUCCUCUGUAGUUACGGCGGCAGAAUACUUCCUCGUUCAAUCGACGGGAAGCUCCGUUACGUCGGAGGUUUCACCAGAGUGCUCUCCGUUAACCAUUCCAUCUCUUUCACAGAGCUGAUGGUGAAAUUAGAAGAAUUCUGUGGAUACUCCGUUGAUUUGAAGUGCCAAUUACCAAACGGAGAUCUCGAGACGCUAAUCUCCGUCAAAUCAGACGAGGAUCUCGCGAACAUCGUGGAGGAAUACGAUCGCGUCCACGGAGGCAAGAUCCGAGCAAUUUUGUCGCCUCCUAAGCUCAUAUCGCCACCAUCGAGCGCCGGCGAUCUGUCGCCGAAAUCUCCGUUCUCCGUCGUGGCUUCUUCGCCACCGAAAUCUCCGACGCUUCUACAUCCUCGGUAUUGUGUGGCUCCGAUGGAGAAUCUUCCAAGUAGAAUAUUCCGUAUGCGAGCGGAGGAAUAUUCUCAUUGCUGUAAAUGCCGUGUGCACAACCGAGACUCCAAGCUUAUCUGGCAUUGACGGUGACCGUCAAAACAAGAAUCAGAGUUUUUUUAAAAAUAAUUUUGAAGGGAGAUAAAAUUUAGGCUUUUUAUAUAAAGGUCGAUGAUGUGUUUGGUUGUGAUGAGAUAUUAAGGAAAUUACUGAAAUUUUGAGGUCGGGAAUAUGAGACGGAGAAGAAGACGGAAAUUUUUUACCGGCCGUUUAUCUUCCGUUAUCUUUGCUGUUAAGAUAUGUGGGAAACGUACAACGUCUGUUUUUUUCAAUACGUGGUACGUUACGACCGUUCCAGACGUGGAACGUGUCGAAGUCAGAAGCGAGAGCACGUGUGUGUCUCGUGGGUCAGUGGUGUAUUUCCUCACACGUGUAUGCUUAGACUCUGACGCAGUGACGCUGAGUUUUUUUUUUUCUUUUUUUUUCCUUGGCUCUCCUUUUCUUUUUCUUUUUAUUUAUUUUUUUUGUUAAAUGUUUGUUUCCCUUGUAUCCCUUUUUGUAUUUUGUAUAUUAAUUUGGUAUUUGUCGUUUUACAUCUAUGUCUAGUCAGACUAGCGUAGGAAUGAAUAGUUUUUGUCCAGUUCAGUUAUACUUUUCUCAAAGCAAAAUCCAUAUUAUACAUCCGA